AUCUUCUAUUGUAAUUAUAUGGGUUCAUUUAAUUAUGUCGUGAAUUUUUUGUCAUGAGCCUCUGACUCUCUAAGUAUAUAGUAUAUAUACAAUAUGAAAGAUGUAAAAAUGCAUAGCCUAUCGAAGGGAAGAUGGCUGUGAAACUCAUUAGAAUAACACAAUAUAACUCAUUAUCUAUGUUGGUCAACGUUUAUUCAUAAAUCUGGUCGUUCACCGUCACGUGUGUAUUGUAUUCUUGCCCAACUAACCAAUAGCAAUGUUUUAGGAAAGUCACCUAUCCGUGACUCGAACAAUAGGAAAACUGGAAAUUGCUAUUGGUGGAUUUGGUAAAAAUACAAUAUACACGUGACGGUGAAACGACCAGAUUUAUGAAUAAACGUUGACUAUAACAUAGAUAAUGAGCUAUAUUGUUAUUCUAAUGAGUUUCACAUCCAUCUUCCCUUCGAUAGGCUAUGAAAAAUGUCACAACUACUAAGAAGCGAAUGUUAUAUACUUAUAUUGCGUGUUAAACGUUGACAAGCCGUGCUGUGCAGUAUGAGACUUUCAACACUUCAGUCAAAACAAGUCAUUAUCGUGUUUUAUUUUAGCUGGUUCCAGCGAUAAAUGAUUACACCACAUUCCCAAUUUCCCCCAAAUUUUUAGGUAAUAAGACAGUUCACGUCACGUAAUAAUUAAGACAGUUCACGUCGUGUUAGAGUAUUAAAUCCAGUUUUCCACUAGAUACUAUAGUAUACGUGAAUCUCUUCGUAUAUGUUGCGGGAAAAUGUCGCGCGCGUUUUUAUUCUAAACUGAAUAAUUGUGACGUAAUAUGAUAACGAGGCAAGCUACAAUGCUACAGUAUAGGCAUUAUACAUGAAUCAUUCAUGAAUACAUUGUAUGAUUGGGCAGAAAAGGACAUGGCUCGCGUGAAAAAAUCCAUUGGUAGAAAUUUGCACAUUGUAUAUUGCGAAAAAAACAUCACGCGUGCUGAAAUUCAGCCUGUCCACAAAUUGCUCGGUAACUUUUCCUUGCAUCAUGUGCAACUUUUCUCUUAGCUGGCAAGUUCUCUAGCUUUAAGCAACUAUUCGGCAUUUUUAAUGGUAAUUAUCCAAUUUUGCUAGUAUAAAGUAAGUUCGAUGGAGGAAUGUUAAAGAAUUAUAUAAUUUUUUGCUCCAGUUCAAGCGAAUGUGCGAAUUUUGACACAUCGUAUUUUUAAAACACUUGAUCCCACUUUGCAAAUACCACAAAUACAAAAUCUAACAGCAACUGAGCAAGCAACCUUGCAUGGGCAGCUCUCUUUAAAAACUGGCAACUUUAGGAGAAAAAGAGCAUUUUUCGAGAACUUUUUUCGAAACUUUGAGCACUUUUGGACAGCAAGCCUACGCGCACUUCGAGAUUUCUGAACUGAGCAAUUAUGACGUCAUAUGGAAACGUAGAAUUUCGUAAUAAGUAAAUAAAAUUAAGUUAAGUUCGUACUUACCAAACGUCUUUUCACCGCUGAAAGGUCUUGUCAGCGGUUUAGAACUGACCAAAACAAUGAUCAGCCCUAGUAAAUGCAAUCCAUACAUUUCAAAACUCACGUAGGAGUUUCAAAACAACACUUUAUAAGAGCUCGGUAAAACAUGUCUAUAUGUAUCGACAUUCGCCCCGAGAAUAAAUAAUUGGCAAUUAUGAUGACGUUUAAAUCGAAAUCCAAAUCAAUAAUUACGUCAUAAGAAAAUCAACUCUUCUAAUUUCUUAAUUAGAAUUUUAUACGGGGUAGAUUUGUGUUCUUUGCAAAUUAUUAUUUACUCUGAGUCAAUUGGUAACUUAUGUUGUCAAGAAUGACUAUAUUACUAACAAUCUACCAAUUGACAGAAAAAGAGCUGCACUUUUAUUACUGCGCGCAUAACGUUUUCCACCUUUUCAAAACAUGUAAUUUAUAAUUUAUCAAUUUCUUCUGUUCAUUUAUUCUGGACAUUUCACUUUCUGCUCCCUAAGUGGAAAGACGAGAGGGCAAGUGGGGAAGAUUUUCGUAGAGGGACAGUUUUUAUUCAUUAUACAUUCAGGAAAUUUGCAAAUCAUAUCCAGAUGUCUUGUGGGUUGUCAAAGCAUUAUAUCUGAAUUGGAACUUAAUGUUAAAAAUUUGCUAAUUAUCUCCAAAUUAUGCAUUUAUGCGUGGAAGAAACGGGACCUGGGGAUUAUCCAAUAGAAAAUUUGUUAUAUUUUUGAAGCUCGAAGACUACAUUCCUUGCAUUUCCUAGUCUGGAGAGAAUUACGUUGUGUAUAAUAAUCAUGAAUUAAAACACCAUUUCUCUUCUAUCAUUACCAUUGUUAACUUGAUAAAGUAAAUUUUUUCUUUAUUUAUGUAGUAAGAGGACGCUUCAACCGAAGUUUUGUUAUUGGUUUGACCAAUCGUGACGUACUGACGUAAUAUUAAAAACAAGUGGCAUUUUACUCGUCCAAUGGUUGUGUGUGUUUCACCCAAGUAUUAUAUUCACCCAAAGUGAAAAGAUGACACUACGAGUAAAUGUAAUGAACCAGUACCAGUAAAAGCAGAAUAUCCAGGUAAUGAACGAAAAGCGCGUCUUAUACUUUGUGCAAGUAUAGGAGAUAUAGGAGAGACCAACAUUAAUUAAUCAAAUCAUACGGGCGAACAACAAACAUAUCUCUAUGCUCGGAGGCCGGAACUCUAGAUUCCUCAGGGCUUCACUGGAACAUAAAAAAUCUUCUGGGUUAAGAACAUGAAAUCAAAGAAAGUAAUACCCAAGUCAGUCAGCGAGGCAGUAGUCUUUCCUUUGCUUUCCCCACACCGCCACUAAUUGAUUUAGCCACGCCAACAAACUUAAGUUCUUAACGGUUUUUAGUUUAAAUUACUUUAAUUAAACCCUUGCAAAACAAUUCAAAGGUAUUUUCAUGUUUGAAUGUUCUUGCUAUCCUAAUAUGCUGCGUUUACACUUGGCAGUUUAUAAGAAGUUAAUUGUUAUCGACCUCUUUGGUAUUAUGAGCUUUCACGUUCAACUUGCUUGAAAAACGUCAGCUAGUCGUCAGUAAUGCUUAAUUUAAUGUUGUUUUGAGAAUGAGAAAGCGGUUGAGAAUAACCCUGGGACCACGAAUUAUUCACAGCUUUCGUCUUGCAUGACAAAUUUCUUUGUUUCGAAAGCGCGUCGUUGAGCCGGCCCCGUCGUAGAUCGUAAACUCUCUAAUAACUACAGUACGUACGAAGUUGACGCAGGACGAAGGUUUGACUAACUUCACAUCAUUCCAGGCGAUAGUAAAGAUAUUCGUUUCUCAUCGAACAUAAAUCCACAAAGUUUUGUAUAAAUUAACCGUGUGUAAAGCCAGACCUAUAUUGUUUAAUUAAAACUAAGUAUUUCUUAUUAACAAAUUAAAUUACUAAGACCUUGUAAAUACUGUUUUGUUUGAAAAAUAUUUUCGUUGUUUCAGUUUGCUCUUUUUUGUUUUGUUAUGGUACAUGCUAAAACAAGUCUUGGUGGGCAAGGAUAUCCAGAGCUGAGCAACCAAUCAAAUUGCGCGAAAAGCAGUAAUCCACCUGCGGAGCAUAUGCUAAUUGUUAAUUUUUAUUUUAAAUUAAAAAUUAAUCUCAUGCGUCACGUUUAAAUUAUAUGCAUUCGAUGUUUCAGUGUUACCAGCAUCAUACAUGCAGUCGUCUUUGCCAUUGCAUGGCUGCAGGUGCCAAAUGAUGAUGUCAUGAUGACUGUCAUCUGUAGCACAGUCAUUGUGUCGAUUAAGCAUUUGAGGUAACAUACUGAUCAAUUUUCAACUAGCAUCCUUGUUCAAAAUCUCCGCAGGAAAGUUCAUCGUCAGACUUUGCAUGCAGACUCGGAACGACUAAUCAUGAGUGAGUGCUGCUUUUUUAGUACGGAGCACUGAAGUGCGGAGUGAUAUUUUUUGGAAAUAAUGGAUUUAUAUGAAUAUAAAGAUCAUAAUAAAGAGGAGAUUACUGAGCAAUCGCUAUCCGGUAACAUUGGCAAUGGCAACUGAUAAGACCUCGAUAAGGUAAACCCAUGAGUGAAGUAAAAAUGGAUACAACCAUCAGAAAUCUAGUAUGCUUCAAUCGUAACUAAAAGUUAGAGGGAAUUAUGUAUAUCAAUAGAAGUCGGAAGUAAUGACUGUCAAUAACUAAAAGUAGUCUACAGCCAAUUCAAAAAAGGUUGUCCUUUGCAAACUUUAAACUCUAAACCUUAAACCGUAAACUCUAAGCGUGCAAAGCAUAAUGAGAGCAUCAUUUAAUCAGUUUAAAAAUCAUACGUGAGGGCCCAUUUCUUAGAGACAUGGUAAAUAUCUCGUUACAAGAACACUAUUCAUUCACAAGCAAAUAGCUGCAAUAUUGAACUACUAAACUUUGAAACUUGUGCUCCUAUUAAGCUUUGCGCGCUUAGAAUUUAAGGUUUAUACUAAUUCCGGUUAUCAACAAGUGACUAGUGAAUCUUUUUGCGCGAAGUUAAGGAAUUUGUAUUACAGUUUAAAUUGAAAAGGAUUAUUAGAAUAAGGCUCGCUCGAAAAGCGAAAAAAUUCACUGCCAAAUUUGCAUAUAUUGCGAAAAAAUAUUACGCGCGCUUCGAGAUGUCUAUAGCAAGGCGGCUGGUUAUACUAUUGCAAGAAUAUCAUAGUUUUACUGCUCUAGUUGGAUCGCGCACAAGCGUAUAAUCAGCUAUGUACAGGCCUCGAAUUUCCCUGAAAUCAAUCGAUGGCAAUGGCGUUAAAAAUUUCCGUAGAACAUAACAGGUGUCCACGGCAAUUUUGGUAGUUUCCAUGACAAGCUAGAAACAUGUUUACGUAUCUCUUUAGUGUUUUUUUUCGAAGAAAACUGAGACUAAAAUAGUAGUUUACGCAUGAUUUGGUCAACAUCUGAAUUCAAGUAUCAAAAUAGUAUAAUGCACAGUGAAUAGUAUAAAAAUUAUGCUAUACGGCAAGAAAUUGCCGUCGUUGCCGCACUGAUCCACGGCAUUUUGUUCCCUCUCUAUGGCAAUUGCCGCGAUAAAAUUCAAGUCCUGGCUAUGUAUACACGAAAAGGACAUGUAAAAACUCGAGUCGUACCAAAAAGUAAAUAAAAUUAUAAGUUAAGUUUGCGUACUUACCAAACGUCUUUUCACUGCUGAAAGGUCUUGUCAGCGGUUUAGAACUGACCAAAACAAUGAUCAGCCCUAGUAAAUGCAAUCCAUACAUUUCAAAACUCACGUAGGAGUUUCAAAACAACACUUUAUAAGAGCUCGGUAAAACAUGUCUAUAUGUAUCGACAUUCGCCCCGAGAAUAAAUUACUGGCAAUUAUGAUGACGUUUGAAUCAAUUUCCAAUCAAUGAUUACGUCAUAAGAGGCUUCUAAUUUGAAUUAGAGUUUAUACGGACUGAAAAUAAAUGCUGGAAUCGCAAAUUAUGAUUUACUCAGAGUUGAUUCAAGUUACUGAUGCUGUCGAUACUACAUGUUGCAACUACAUGAUCUUACCGUGCAAGUUUCGCAGCCCUUUUAUGCUGUAUAAUUUAUAAUUUAUAUGCAAUCUCUUCCCGUUCAGUCAAUUCUAGGCCCACUUAUAGGCCAUUUUAGUUGACCAUUUAAAAGAGCUCAGGCAUGACAUCACUGCAUGGGCUGCUUGUAUGUGAAAAUGUAGUUAGAGUUACCACAUUUAGCGCAAAAGUUAACUAAUCAAAAUCACUGCCAGAACCGUCACAGGCGCGAACGUUUAAUCCUAUUACUCCCUAUUUAAUUACAUGAAGUGGCACGGUUAAAUUAGGCCAAUUACAAUACAGGGACCUAUAAUAAUAUUGAUAUUUAAAUGCUCAAUGACCGUAUGACCCCUGGCUUCCAGCAUCCACGACCGCGAAACACGCGGAAAUAUUAAAAUACACCAAUUUUUAAGACACGUGCAGGAAAUCAUGGAACGACUUAUAGACAGUAAUCUUCAAGACCAUUAGCAGUUUUAAAACUUUUAAAACAUAACAUGAUGCUUUCAGACAUUUCGAAUUCCUAGUCAUUACAUGGCCUGUCGCUAAUUAUAUACCAAGCGCAGUAUGGAAAAAACCACAACCGGUAUACAUUUUUAGACGCAUUUUUAGAUUUUUAGAUGAACAACAGUGACUUAAAACAUUUCAUCAGAUAACUAUAAAUAAACAACUAUUAUGAAGCACAAAACAAGCUUUCGUUGGUAGGGAUACAACUGCAUGAAAAAUAUAAGGAUAAUAAUUUCAACGUUUCAACGGAAGGCCCUGACGAAGGGUCAGGUAGUUACAUCCCUACCAUAGAUAUCUUAUAUACACUAGAUAGUGCAUCUAAUUAUUCUGCAAUGAUCCCUACCAAGAUCUACCAACGAAAGCUUGUUAUUAUUGGUACUACAGGCUACACUGGCACAGACAGUUAAUUAUUAUGAAGCACGACUAGUAUGUAAUGUAGUGUCCAACAUGAAAUUCAGUUGCAGUUUACAAGACUGUGUUUGCGCCAUUGCAAUGAAUAACUGGAACGCUACCUCCAUAACCGGAAAUUUGAAGCCAAACUUGAAGGCCAGUCCCAGUCUUUUCAAGCAGGCAAAGAGCGCUACCUUCGGAUAAACUGACUAUCUUCAGGUCAAUCAUGAUAUAAACACGCGGGUCUUGACUCUUGACCCCCAGACACGCGUGUCUGGCAGUUUAUCUAAAGGUAGCGUUCCAGUUAAAUUCAUUUCAAUGGUUUGCGAUCAGUAUACAGUUCAGUGCUUGGUAACCAAGCCUUCAAGUGAUCCCAAAGGAUCGAUAUCGUGAACCCACUAGAAAGUAACUUCCGGUUAAACUUCCGGUAUAUUGUUGUUUUUUUAUUUUCUUCGAAAGAAGGCAGGUAUAUCAUACUAGAUAUCAAAUAAUGCCAUAAUGCAUUGAAUUUCAGCAAAAUAAUAUCGUUGAUGGGUAACCUAUGUGCAUCAUAUCUUUUCCAUCCCUCUAUAACAAUCAACAGGAAAAGGUACACGAUUGUGAAAGAUAUUGGCGAAGGAGGUUAGUUUAUCUAGAAUAUUCAAAUUUAUUCGAAAUACUUCUCAUAUACGAUAUUUUGAACCCUAACUUCUUGUUUUUUUUGUUAAUUAAAGGCGAUAAUUAAGUAAUUGUUCAAAAGUCGGUUAGCUUUAUCCUGGGUUAACUAAAAUUUCAAAGCAAUCUUACCAACAACCUAUAGAAACAUGAAGAUAGUUUUCCAAAAUUCAUGUCUAGAUCAAUAGAAGUUUUAUUUUCUAACGUUUUGAAAUAAACAGAUGUGCAAAUGUACCCAAACUAAAACGGCAGGUUAAAUUUUAACCCAGGGUGAGCACUAACCCAGCUUUGAACGACUGGCCCCGGUUGGGCAAAACCAUUGUGCUGGUGAACAUUUUACAUGCAAACCUAAGAAUUGUAAAUAUUAAAUAUUACAUAAUAAUAGAUAUGCAUUUGAGUAUUUCCGGGGCUGUACUCAGGAUUUUUCCACAGGGGCAAUGAGACCUAUAUAUAAUAACAUAAUAUUAUAAAAAUCGCUGUGGUUAUAUUCUUCCGACACCAGAACUUUAAGUACUCUUAAUCCAACAAAAGUGUUUUCCUUGUUGUUUAAAGAUGCUAAAAUGAUACCAAAUAGAUUUCAGUUGAUUUCAAGCAAUGCUUUGGCAGACAAGUGGUUAAGGCGCAAUUGCACGGAUCGUAUCCCCCCCCCCCUCCCCAACAUUUUUGGGAAAAAAUUAGGGGCUCCAAAUUAAAAAUUUGCCUUGGGCCCCCGAAUUUCUCUGUGCGUCCCUGACUGUGAGCAAACAAAUGCUUUUCUAUCAAACAUGCGUAAAGAUUGUGCAAUGUAAUACGCGUACAUCACUAAGGCCCCCUUUACAUGAGCCCGGGCUGAUUUUCAACCCAGGUCAGCAUUCCACAGGUGGUUAUUUUGCCAACCCGGGUCAGCAAUUCUCAACCCAGGCUGACUCAGAUAAUAUUCCGAGCAACAGACUGGAGCAGAAUGUAUUUUUGGUGCUUAUAUAUCCCUUUUAGUUUUGACACUAUCUUUUAUACGCUAAUUAAGCCUUAUAUCUUUUAUACGCUUAUAUUCCUUUUUUAUCCGGGAUUUAGCCAUAGAAACUUCUGCCUUAAAGGCGUUUUCUUCCUUUUUUGAUAGCUCCUUGCUAUUGCACUGGCAGAUCUACUGGACCAAAAUAUUAGGCAUUGAACGCCAACGCCAUACCUUCGCGCAACUUUGAAUACAUUGCGACAACAUCGGAGUUGAAAUCUACAUUUUUAUAAUCCAUCACCAUCUUACAAUCCUUCAGAGAAAGGAUUAAGUGAUCAAUCAUUUCAGAUGACCACUGAAAUGCAGGUUGAGCAUUUUUUUCUUUUGGUUUUGGACUGUUUUUACUUGUUAUACUGUAUAAUUUUAUAUGUCUGUCCUAAACAAAGAGACAGAGAAAAUAUGUGCACAAAAUGUUGAAAAUGUGAUAUGACGCUAGGUGCAAAGUUCACAAUCAGGAAUUUCCCACACUAUACAUGAUCCCGGGUCAAGCCAUUAACCCGGCUUUACAUGAACCCGGCUUUACAUAAACUUUUCACGCCUUCACACCUCGCCAACCCGGGUCGACCCGGGUCUUGAGAAGGGUGGCCCGGGUUGGCGAGGUGUGAAAGGUUGACCUGGCUAUCGUGUAAACGAUAAGAAUGUGAGCUAUUCUUUAAAAAAAAAACUGUCGGAAUAAUGUCGCUCUGGAAUAGUUGAUAACAUUGUCCUCUGGCAAAUUAAUGGGAUGAAAUUUUCCCAAUUCCCAUAUACUAUAAAUGCAAGAGAAGAAAUUCAUCCUGCUUACUGGGCUGUGUCACUACAAGCAGAUUGGACUUGAACCUGGUGAUUCUUUGUUGUUUUGCAACCUUCUUGACGUGCAAUGUGUAUAGUGGGUGUUCUCCCAUUUAUAAAUUGUUCUGGUACUCUUUCCACAAUACCAUCUUUGCUGGUUCUCAACAAUCUCUUCAUAACCUCUUUACAUAUUACUGUAUACUUUCUUCAGAUAUUUGUCUUGAUUAAUUAAUUCUCAUCCAACAUUGUUAAGUUGCUUCCUGCUUGGCUCCAGGUUAUUUGACAAGAUAGUUCCUGGUGUCCAUUCGAGUCCAUGGUAUCCAGACUGCAUAUUUCCCUUCUCGGCCAUCUUCAGUUGUCUUUGUUCAAUGCUCCCUCGAAAGUCUUGAUGACAGUCCAACCACUCACUCUUGCUUACAUCGUAGAAUUCAUGGACAAUUGGACAUGUUCAAAUAUAAUGAGUAUAACUUUGGCCACUCUCACAAGCAUGCAUGAGUUUCAAGAUUAUCAAAUUGGGUCUUGUUCAGCUUCAAAACUUGAACAUUAAGACUCAUCUUUUUGAACAGUUUUGUGACUAGCUAGCUUAUUAUCUGGGGUUAUAGUGUAAACCAGAACUACAACCAGUUACUGUAUAGUUUACUUUAUAGGAUUUAUUAGAUUGCAUUGAUAUCGAAGGAACUAUAGACUCAGUUCCGAAAUAUCACAUACUCAAACCGACCUGACCGCGUAGCUCAGUUUGCAGAGCAUUGGGCUAGUAUUCCAAAGGUCGUAGGUUCGAUUCCCACCGUGGCCAGGCAUAUUUUUCAAGCUUGCCCGGUGUGGAUAUGCACUCAGAGUAACAUCACAAGCAUCUUAUUUGCCUGAGUACAUUACACCAACACAAAAAGGUCAUAGUGUACAGUCACCAUGUAGUAUAGUGUACAACUAUAGUUACUGUAUAGUUUACUAUUAGGCGCUAUAGGAAGGUUUCAUGAUUUUUAUUUUUCUCCAUAAUUCUCAGCCUUUUCCUAUGUGCAAUGCGUGCGGGACAACAAAAGAAGACUGUAUGCUCUGGUAAGCUGAAUUUAAAUUUUCCCAGUUCGCCCAUAAAAAAAUUGGGACAUUUUAUGAUUUUAAUAUACUCCAAAUGGCAUUUUCUAAUCAAGUCCUAUUCUAAUCUUUGACAAGUUGAAAUUUUUUCAUGACUGACUGUGUAUUCUGGUGUGAAAACUAGUCAUACCACAGGCCAUGAACAAAGAACACUUAAAACGUUAACUUUGUAUGGCUUGCAAGGAAAAUCCUAAUCUGACUGUUCUAGAUUUGAAAAAAGAGAAUUGUUCAGCAAAACCUGUGAAAAUUAGGAAGUUGUGAAAUAAAAGACUGUUGACUGUACAGUGCAGUCUGCUGGAGUUAAACAUGGUCAUGCAUAAGGCUCAUGAGACCAAUAGUACUGUAUAUAUUAAAUAAUUCUUCUUUAUUUUUGUUAUGUGCAGAAAAGAGUCCGGCUGCAACUUCCUGAACAAGAAGAGGUUUGUCUUAAUCAUCCUUGUUGAUUAAUUACAGUAUAUAAACUUAAUUUUUUACUGUUUCUUGAUGUUAAGUUCAGUAAAGGCCCAGAAUUCCAGACAGUACGCGUUAUACACGUUUUGUGCAUAUUGUUUUUCAGGAUCUGUGAUUCCCAAGAUCAUCAUGAUGUUCAUUGCUCUAAAAUACAAUUAUAGCAGACCUCUUUCAUCAAGUCGUUUACUCAUAGCCGAAUUUACACUUAAAUGACUGCUACCCGAAACAAAAUAGAGUGCUGCACCUUAAUCACAGGGUCGAUUCCUGCUAGUGGGCUACUGUAUAUAGUUGCAUCAUGGUCUAAUACAAAACCCGCCUGUAUUUAGUUCUAUCGCGUGAGAUCUAUGCUCCAAAAUCCUGUCUUACACUGUAUCAUUCUCCAAUCAUUCUGUUUUCUUGCAAUUAUGCUGUAGGCUUUCACAAGAGAAGUGAAUGCUCACAAUUCAGUCAGCCAUCCAAAUGUGUUACAACUUAUUGAGUCAGAGGUAUUGCGUCAUAAAGGAGAAAAAGAGGGGAGAAUGCUCGUCCCAUAUUAUAAGGUAAAUACUGUACUGUAAGUCAAAUAAAUAACACGGAGUUCAUUUCUUAUGGUAGACUGGUGUAGAUUAAGUCAUAGCUACAGUACUUUAGUGGAAACUAUUGCAGUUGUUGCUUACUUGUGAGUGUGAUGAGCUUGCCAUCAAUUUAAAAUGCGCAAACAGGACCAUUGCAAAACAACGGUAACUCCAAAAAUGAACGUUUUAAUAAUUUCUUGCUUUAGUGGUUCCGUACUGUAUUUUCUGGUAGGAGUAGUAUCUGGUUCUUCAUUCACCCUGUGGAACUUUGGGUUACAUUACACAUACAAGAUAGCUACAUCCGCCUACAUACAGUAUAA